AUCCUAGUUCCUCCACUCAUUAAAAUACAAUUAGUUAUAGACUGGUAGAUGAAGAACUCAAAUCAUUGAUUGGGAUGGCCACUCACUACUGAGAGUCUUCAACUUCACAAACAAACAGUCUUCUCUCUCUACCCAAAAAAAAAAAUCAAAAUGGAUGAAUCGUUGUACGGUACGGAGAGGCCUACUGGCAAUGGUAAUUACGUGGAGGUGACCGACGGGGCCGGCGAGGACAACCAGCCCAAAGGGAAUUACUCCUCCCACCACCACCACCAACAACACUACCACGGCGGCGGAGGAGGGGGGGCGGAGGAGACGUUGUACAGCGUAUUCCACCGUUUCAUAUCGGCGAUUCUGUUUCCUGAUCACGGUGCGGAUCCUGCUCCGCUGCUGCACCGGAUCAAGACCUCUGUGGCCCACAACGCCCCUCUCCUUCGCGAAGCUGCUGGAAACACCUCCCGGAAUGUUCUUAUCUGGACUCGUAGAGGCUCUCCUUUUCGCGCUCUCCUCGUCAUUUCUGUUGGGACGAUCACUCUUCUUGCUUUGACAGGAUUGCUUGUCUUUACGCUUUUCUUUCUGGCUGCAACUGUCAAUGCCAUUGUCAUAUCUCUUCUGGUGUCUUUGGCAGCGGCAGGUGGCUUCUUGGCUCUUUUCUUCACCUGUGUAACAUUUAUAUACAUUGGAGCGUUAUCAGUAGCUGUGUUUGUUAUUUCCAGCACUACAAUUUCAGCAAUCAUAGCUGCUUUGAUAGCUACAGGGUGGAUUGGAUUCUUCUGCACUUUGUGGUUGGCAACAAAGAAAGGCUUCGAUAUUGCUAAACACUCGCUCUUUGUGACUGGUUCAGCAAUCUCAUCUUACUCUACUGGUAGGCAUGUUCACCACCAUGAAGAACUAGGCAAGAGAGCAGAUUGAGAAGUUACAACAAAUAGAAGUCCACGUGUGUAGAAAAUCUUAUACAUGCCUUUAUACAGGAUUAUGCCUGCAAAAUUUUCUUGACACAUGGCUCUUGUGAUUAUGCUGUUGCUCAAUAUUGUUGCUUGUUUGCGGUUUGGAAGCAUAUGAUUGUAAUUAGUACUGCUAGCUAAGAUAGUGAUCUUCCUAUAUUUGUCUUUUCAUUUCGCAUUGUAUAAUUAAUCAGAGUUUUGCAGUUUGUUUGCAGUUUGCGUGUCUAUAUGAAGAGAAAACAGUGGUUUUGUCUUGUA